GAUGGAAUACUGUAGUAUUGAAUGUACUGGAAACGAACAAGCGACAAGCACUGCGACGUCCCGUGGUAAUCUUACUUCGACUACUGGUCGUCCUGGCAAACGAGGACCACCCGGACUAAGCGGAGCCAUUGGACCAUCUGGUGAACCUGGACCAGCCGGUCCAAGUGGACCCAUUGGACCAUCUGGUGAACAAGGGCCACCCGGCGAAAGUGGACCCAUGGGACCAUCUGGUGAACCUGGACCAGUCGGCCCAAGUGGACCCAUUGGACCAUCUGGUGAACCUGGACAAGUCGGCGAAAGUGGACCCAUUGGACAAUCGGGUGAACCUGGACCACCCGGGCCAAAAGGAGAUUCCGCUACACCAUGUAAUUGUACUUUUCAAACUAUAGGAGCUGAAAAUAGUUUGUUUGUACGAAUGGCUGUGUUAGAUCAUAUUAGGACGAAGGCAAGUGUCCACUACGAUGUUGGUUUAGAUACGAACGUGGUUUACGAUGCUACAAGCAACAAGAUAUCAAAGAUAUUUGACCAGGGUCUCCAGCAAGCUCAUAUGGUACAGAAUAAUGCGACUAUCCAACCAACUGCAUCUAGUAACAGACAGAACGGGAAAAAAACUAUAUCAUUUGACGGCAGAAAUCGGUGGAUGAUUGCCAACUUGAACUUAAACGAUCAGCAUAAUAUUAACGUCUUUAUUGUGUACAAAAUCACGGCUUACGAUGCUACUGCGAGCUGGUUAACAAACGGACUGUUUGGGAAUGAAAACGGUGGGUACGACAAAUUUGUUUCUUUCUUUCCUAACGGGGAUCUGGUGGUUCCUGGCUUAGAAAAUUAUGUUAGAGUCAGUACAUUUCCUACUGGGGCAAAUGCUGGCGCAGUUGGCGUAUGGAACGUACUGAGUGUACAAUGGAAAGCAGGAGGUCCUCCGAACUCCAGCAGCGUGUGGUGUAACGGGCAGCUACUUGGGCGUUUCCAAGAUGACGUGUCUCCUGGCUCACCGAGUUUAGCUUUGGGAGCUUCGAACAUACUUGGACACCACCCUUUAAAAGGUGCGAUCGGGGAGUUUUUGGUUUACAAAGGAAUUUCGAUGACGGACAAGAACAUAAUGGAUCAUCAUCAAUACUUCAUGCAUGGAUGGGCGAUCGAUGGAACAGCAGCUUAA